GUCUCCGGCGACUCCGCCCCCGCCUCCGCCGGAUUUCAUGCCCUAGGAGGAGGCCGCCUUCUCAUGGCCGGAACCCUCCGCGACCCCGGCAGCGACGCGCCGCCCACUCCUCCUCCGCCCCCUUCCGCUGCCCCGCCGUUGGCGCAGUACCUCUCGCUGGACCCUCUUGCCUGGGUCGACCCCAAGCACUCGCGCCACGGCGAGCUCAGGAGGGCGCUCCAGGGGGACGACCGGCCGCAAGAGCUCAGGCGGAUCCGCGCCACCGUUGCCGACUCCUCCUCCAAGGCCAGGGAGAAGGCGAGGUCAAUGCAGGAGGCCGUGGACAAGGUCGACAGGUGCAGGAACGUGCUCAAUCGGAAGCGGCAGAGGUGUGACCCUGCUGCUGCUGGGGCUGAAAAGCUCGGGACUGCCUCCUCAGGUGCACUCAGGAUUGGAGCCCAGAACAACUCUUCCAACAAGCGUGUCCGCUCCUCGCUGGCCGAUGGAAGGUUGGAAGGACGCAAUAAUAUUUCCACGAGGCAAAGCCCUUUGGUUAAUAACGAGAAAAGCUCACCCGUGGAGAAGGAAAAAGGUUGUGGACGAACAUCUGGUCUUUCUGAAGACAAAUUACGCGGUUUAUCUACCGGAGGUGAAGGUUGGGAAAAAAAAUUGAAACGCAAGCGCUCCAUUGGAACAGUGCUUAACAGAGGCAAUGAUGCUGAUCGGGAUGUUAAAUCUGGGGGGCAACAUAGACCAGCCAAUGAAGCAAAUGCACGACCUAGUGAUAGUCUUGCACACAGACAUGGAGCGUCUGCCAUAGAAUUUGCAGGUAGCAGGAUGGAUGGAAGUUCUCAGCAGAAUAGCAACUCAUCACGUAUCCUAUGCAAGACAGAUGUGGAUUAUGCCACUCCGCCAAAUGAAAGAAGAGAGCGGCAUGCUGGAAUUGAAAAGGAGCGAGCUAUGGUAAAAGGAAACAAGGCACAUGCUUCUGAAGAUAUACAAACUGGAAAUAUAAGUCCCUUUCCCAAGGCUAAAGCAUGCAGGGCACCAAGAACAGGUUCACACGUCAUGGCUUCAGCUUCUAGUUUCCAACGUUCAGCUGGAGGAAGCGAUGAAUUGGAAGAAGCACCAUGCUCAAAUAAGGCCUCACUUUUGGGAGACAUGACAAACCGCAAACGCUCCACACAUUCAAGUGCUUCUUCACCUCCUAUUGCUUGGGUCGGUCAACGUCCGCAGAAAAUGUCACGGACAAGACGAGCAAACGUUGUUUCUCCAGUCUCAAAUUUUGACGAAGUCUUAUCUGAUGGAUCACCACUUGAUACUGCUAUUGCUGCUAAACCAUCAUCUGUAGAGUCCUGUGGUGUCAUGCUUACAAAAGAUGGAACCAGUAGCCAUACGCAAACCGCAAACAAAAUGGAUGAUAGUUUUUCUCCUGUUGGAUUGUCGGGAAGUGAGGGAUCAGCUGUUACUGAAGGCAAGGUCAAGGAGAAAGCUACAAACAGUGACGAGGUGGAGAAUGAGGCUGAAAAUAUAGUCCGUAAUUCAGCAGGAUUGAUUGUUUCAUCAAACAAAAAUAUGAUUCCUUUGAAAGAAGAACUUCAAGAUGGCAGUGUUCGUCGCCAAGGGAGGAGCUGCAGAGGUACUAUGCAUGUUAAAGGGUACUCUUCCAUAUCAAAAGAAAAAUUAGAUGCUGCGGAGACAAGAAAGCCACUAAAAGGUGGAAGGCCUGGAUCUGAAAAGAAUGAAAGUAAGGUGGAGUGUCCCCCGAUGAGGAAAGGUUCUGACCGAAAAGAUUCAUCCUGUUUCCCUCAGUCUCUUAAUUGUGAACAAGCAGAUGACCAAGAGGAACUUUUAGCUGCUGUAAAUGCUGCUCGCGGUGCUAUUGUUGGUGCAUAUUGUGGCCCUUUUUGGAAGAAAAUGGAACCCAUGCUAACUUUCAUAAGCUCCGAAAAUUUAUCUUUCUUAAAAAACCAGAUUGACAUUGUUGAAGAGCUUGAUUUGGGCAUGUCUUACAUGCCUGGUGGUGAAUAUGUUUUAGCAUCUACAAAUUACAGCAGGCAGAAAAUGGAUUUUUCAUGUGGGGAGUUAGUUCCAUCUAAUUCGUCUAUCUUAUCUGAGCAAAAUGAAACCAAUGGAGUAGGAUUAAAAGGAACUAUUGACAAGUUUUAUCCUAGUGAGGAGAACCGACACCAUGUGCCACAAAAGAUGGAAGCUGACAAAUGGUUGCAUGAGAUGGUCCCAAUGGAAAACAGACUCCUUUCAGCUAUAAUUAUGGAAGAUGACUUCUCGGAACCCAAUGUUCUGCAAAGAGAUAUACUUGUUGAAUUUUCUAAUAGCCAUGUUCCUUAUGCUGCAAGCAGAUUCUUAAGAAAUGAACUUCAGGCUAGUGCUAUAUCAUCUAAUUUUGGAUUGAGUGUGGAUUUCAUGAACUCAAAUAAUACUUCAGUUGUACAUCGAAGCAUGCGCAAUGGAUUCACAAAUUCCAGCAGUUUCAUCAGUUCAAGCAGCCAAAGUUCAGUUCAUACUGAUAAUUUGUCAGAUGGAGUUAAUUUUGUAUACCCUGAAGAUGGCUCUUUUCAUAACUUAAUACCACAGAUUUCUUCACAAUGUCGAAACCCAGGAAAAAAAUUCUCUUCAUCACCUCAUGAGUACCAAUAUGGACAGUUGUCUGUGAAUGAUAAGAUUUUCAUUGAGCUUCAAAGUAUUGGCGUUUGCCCAGAGACAGUGCCAAAGCUAGAUGAUGGAGAGGAUGAAAACAUCAAUAAAAUGAUUUCAGAGUUGAGGAAAAGGCUGCACGAUCAGGUGAAGCAAAAGAAAUGUAAAUUAAGUAAGUUGGAUAAAGCAAUUCAAGAUACAAAAAGUAUCGAGGAGAGGAGCUUGGAGCAACAUGCAGUGAAUAAAUUGGUUGAAAGGGCGUACCAAAAACUUAAGGGUGGGCGGACUGGUUCUAGUUACAAGGCUGGUGCAAGUAAAUCUACCAGUAAGGCUGCAAAACAGCUGGCCUUGGAUUUUGCCAAGCGUACUCUCAUGCGAUGCCACAAGUUUGAGGAAUCGAAGAAAAGCUGCUUCAGUGAGCCUUCGCUAUGGAGUGUUCUAUCUGCGCCAUUGCCAAGCAGCAUAACAAAAUCUACAGAAGGUGUAGAGAGGUUGAAGCAUCAGAAACAAGACAGAAGUCCAUUAGAUCAAGGUGGCAUAAAAUGGAAAAAGAGUCACAAGGAAAGGGAACACAUCAGAGACGCAUCUGCUAAGGGUUCUGGUACGAGAUCAGGGCGUCAUUCAUCAGGCAGUGGGAGGAGCGGUGAACGUAAAAAUAAGACAAAACCGAAGCAAAAGAUAGUACAGCUAUCAACUUCUGGAAAUGUUGUUGGUAGAGUUGUGGAGUCGGUUCCAACACCGGCAAGGCAGGAGGCCACUGGACCAUCAGCUCCUCUAGGCACAAAAGUUACCCAGCAACCAAGAAACCCUCCUGAGAACGCUGCUUUGCGAUUGCCCGAGGCUCCCCUGGCCAAUUUGCCUGGAAUAUAUGAUAUAUUUGCUGGAACAGAAGGGCUUGAUGAGCAGGGCAACGAUAUCAGUUCUUGGCUUACCGAUGAUCUUGACGUACCACAAGAUUUUGAUCUUUCAGGCGCCCUGGAAAUCCCACUGGACGACAUUACUGAGCUGGGAUUUAUGUAAGGAGACGAACCAACCAAUUGAAUCUGUUCUUGCCCUCCUGCACUGUGAAUAUGUGUGGGGAUAUUUGUACAUGAUGUUAGGUUGACCCUACCAAAUGGAUAGUAGAGCUGACCCAUUGUUUUCUCUGCCUCAAUCUGGCAGAGCUUAACUAGGAUGGUCCUUGAUCUCAUCUAGCUGUUGAUAGCCGCUAGGUAACUUAUUUGGCAGACGAGGUAUUAUUCGAUUGGUUCCUCGUGAUUCUGCUCGGUUUUAUCUAACUUGUGAAUAUGAAUGAGCUUAAAGCCUAUCCUUUUGCUUUUGCUUAC